CUCGCUCAGUUAUCCUCCGUUAAGUUCAUUCCGAUUUGACCAGGAAGUCUGUAUAAUAGCAUUUGAAAAUUCUCCCAAAUUCUAAAAUUAAAAAUUUGUAAAAAAAAAUCAUGCAGCGAAUAAUCUUCAUACUGAUUCUAAUCUCAGUUUCGAGUCAAAAGGAUUCGUUCCCAUGCAUAUCCGGUUCAAUUGAUGACUCCCUCCUGAAAAUCCUCCAGCCCAACUUCGACCCUGACGCCAUGUUCCAAAAUAGUGACAACAAUUGUAUUGAUGACGACAAAUCAACAUCCGUCCCAAAUUUAGGGACAAGAAACGACCAGACUUUGCCAAACCAAGCCACCGAACUACCAACAGCAGUCGCAGCAGCAGAAGAUAGCGUGCUCCCAAAUUAUGACCAGUGUGGCAAAUCAGCCUCCGUGAUCAAAGUUCGGAUAGCUGGUGGCACGGAUGCCGGGUUGGGAACGUUUCCUUGGAUGGCGUUGGUCGGGUUUUCCUUGAUGGGGGACCGACGACCCGGCCCCGUCCAGUUUGGUUGUGGAGGAACCCUCAUAAAUUCCAAUCAUAUCCUCACAGCGGCCCACUGCGUUGCUGGAUUGCCGACAGGUUAUUCUCCGGUACUCGUCCGUCUAGGCGAAUACAACCAAUCUUCACCUAUCGACUGUGUGGGGAAAGUUUGCGCCCCACCGCCGCAGGACGUGCCGAUCGCGGAAGUCAUCCCGCACGAGGAGUACGAUCGAACGCAGAGGAAGGAGAAUGACAUCGCGUUAAUUAGGCUGGAAAGGAAGGUCGAAUUGGGGCAAUUUGUCUCUCCCAUUUGUCUCCCACACGUGAAGGCGAAGCAGACCUUGGACGGUCACGUCCUCACAGUGGCAGGCUGGGGUCGCACGACAGGUGACAAUCCAGACAACUCUCCCACCCUCCAAAUGGUCACAGUCCCCUUUCAACCCAAGCAAAAGUGCAGCCAGUACUACGGCACCUAUUUGGAAAGAGGCGUCGAUGUCGGUCGGUUCUGUGCCGGUGGGGAGUCGGGGAAGGACUCGUGCAAAGGUGACUCUGGGGGGCCGUUGAUGAUGGACUUGAAGGUGCGCACGAGUACCCCCCCUCCACGCGUCUUCCAAGUGGGCGUGGUCAGUUUGGGGCCCAAGGGGUGUGAAAAAUCCCUAUUUCCUGGCCUCUACACCAACGUGAGUCAUUACAUGGGAUGGAUUUUACAACACUUGAAGUGAAUUUAAAAACGAGAAUUUGUUUUUGGGGCAAGGAUUAAGAUCCUCUUAUCUUAAGCAAAAUAAUAAGCCCAAAGUGUGUCACACCAUUAAUAGUAGCCGAAUAAAUUAAAAAAGUUAUUUACAAUUAUGGUUCGUAGG